AUUUAACUCUGCUGCCGCCUACAUCUGCGUCAUGAUGCCUACAGCGCUCAGUUUGCAUUAUAGUGCUAUAAUGUGCUGAAGAAGAUCUUUGUAAACGCACCCCUCGGAAGGGCACUGCUGUUAUACCGUUAAUCGCAGGAGGCGGAGACGAUCUCAUCAACUUCGCUGACUUAACUCUGAGGGGAAUAUCUGAUUAAACGAGAUGACAGCCCAGCGCGAGACGACUGACUGACUGCUCGUGAGAAGAACAAGACAAUCAUUUGGGUUAUUGACUUCAUAAACGGGCUUAUUAGCUUAAUUUAAAGGAUUCCUGAUCAUUUUCAGCAUAUGAAGAGAACUUUAUAAAAAUGGAUUAAGUUCGGCGCUCCAAAAGGCCUACUUUGUCACAAUGGUGAUUUUUUCAGAGGAAGAAGUGGUGAACCACUCCGGGAGACCACUGCAAGUAGGUUUCUACGAGAUCAUCAAGACAUUAGGCAAAGGAAACUUUGCUGUAGUCAAACUAGCUAGACAUAAAGUCACCAAAACAGAGGUUGCCAUAAAAAUCAUUGAUAAAUCUCGACUGGAUGAGUCUGACCUGAAGAAGAUUAAUCGAGAGUUUCAGAUCAUGAAGCUUUUGAAGCACCCACACAUAAUCAAGCUCUACCAGGUUAUGGAGACCAAAGACAUGCUGUAUAUUGUGACGGAGUAUGCCAAGAAUGGAGAGAUGUUUGAUUAUCUUACUUCAGUUGGUCAUUUAAGUGAGGCAGAAGCUCGUUGUAAGUUCUGGCAAAUCCUUGAUGCUGUAGAAUAUUGUCACAAGCAUCACAUUGUACACAGAGACCUGAAAGCAGAAAAUUUACUUCUAGACAGUAACAUGAAUAUAAAACUGGCAGACUUUGGUUUUGGGAACUUCUAUAUUCCUGGUAAAUCUUUGUCUACCUGGUGUGGGAGUCCUCCCUAUGCCGCCCCAGAAGUCUUUGAGGGCAAGGAAUAUGAGGGACCAUCCUUGGAUAUCUGGAGUCUGGGAGUACUGCUGUAUGUAUUGGUUUGUGGCACACUACCUUUUGAUGGCACUACUCUCCCCGCCUUAAGAAGAAGAGUCAUUGAUGGACGCUUCAGAGUGCCAUUCUUCAUGUCACAGGACUGUGAAAGCCUCAUACGGAGAAUGUUGGCUGUUGACCCUGCCAAGAGAUUCAGUGUGGCACAAAUCAAGCAGCAUCGCUGGAUGCAGGCUGAUCAUUUGGCUAUAUGCCAGUCCCUUUCUUCCUCUUCCUGCCUUGAGGCUCAGGAAACUUACAAUGAAGCAGUUCUGAGAAUUAUGCAGACAGUGGGCAUUGACAGGAAGAGAACCAUAGAGUCUCUUCAGAACAGUAGCUUCAACCACUUUUCUGCUAUCUACUGCCUGCUGUUAGAAAGAGUGAUGAAGCAUCAAUCACUGCAGCAAAGCAAACUGGGAAGUGAGUGGCUGAAAGAACCAUGUCACUCUCCUCAGGAGACGGUGCUGCCCCUGGAGGAGGAUCUCAGCACACUAGAAUACACAUGCUCCGCUUCUGCUGCCUGUCAGCUGGAGACUACAGCAUUUAAAGAGUCACAGGUGGGGCAUUUGGAAAAGGAGGAGAAAGAGGAUCAAGCCCUGGACAGUCCUUCUGUGGAGUCCAGAAAAUCACAGAGACACACUUCCCCAGAUGCCUCUGCAUCCCAGAAAGUUUCCUGCUUGCCAAGUAUUGUCAUAGAUCAUGUUGAUGGCUCCACCUCAGACUGCUGCCUCCGGUCCUCUCCUUAUGUUUCUACUAGUUCUUUCACCACCGUCUCCAACCCAUUAGAGAUUAGCACUGACACCAGUCGCAUGACUCAGGGAUUACAUCCAUAUUCACUAGGAAAUCCUGGCACUCGUUCAUCCACUUUUGAGCACCAGAGUUAUCUUCCUCUGCCCAGCUUUCAGGAGGGAAGGAGAUCCUCAGAUACCUCACUUACACAAGGUGUGAAGGCUUUUCCAACUCAUUUGAGAAAGAAUGUCCAUAUUAAGGGCCAGUUGAGUUGGAACGAACUUAAGGAGCCUGUGCAUCGCACGUGCAUCCUAGGUAACAAUCCACAAAGCGCUAGUACAUCGAUGGUUUUGACAAACCCUCCAUGCUUCCCAGUGGUGCACCACAAUGGCGUCUUGAAGAGUUCUUUAAGAAAUGAAAGGUUGGUUCCCUUCUCAUGCCAUCAAAAGCAGCAGCAGUUUCUCUCAGUGCAGCCUGCUCUUUCCCCUGAUCAUGUGAAGAGGUCUGCAGGUCUGGAAUCACAGAGAUUCUCUAGUCCAGGUCAGCAUGAGAGGAAUCCCAUCAGUCACUCAUCCUUCUCCCAGAAUCCUCGGUUCCCACCACAGUCAGCUCUUCAGGACUCUCUAUCUUCUCUCUCCUGUUCUUCCUCCAUUGUGGCAUCAGCUGCACAGCUUCUUGAAUCUCAACUGCAGAUCAGUCCACAAUCUCAGUCUCUGCCUCAGGCCGGGCUUCACAUUGACACUGUAUUACCCUCAGUUAAGUGAAAAUGAUUUGAUCCAUUGUUAAUAAUACACAGAUUAAUAUUUGUGUAGUGUGCACUUAGUAGUGCUUGAGAGUGAGUGACUGAAACUGACUGAUAAAUAAAUUGUCUCUAGAUCUGGUUUAGCUAGAUGUGUGUUUGUAUAGAAGUGAAUAGUUUUAUAGAGACAUCAUUCUGCUUAGUCUUUUUUGUCAUGAUUGUAGUUAUUUAGGCCUAGAUAUUCUCCAUCAAGUGGUGUAUAUAAAUAUAUUAUUAUUAUAC